AUGCCUGGAAAAGGAGAGAAGACUAAAUCAGCUCUAAAGGAAGUCGUGACAAGAGAAUACACCAUCCACUUACAUAAAUACAUACAUGGAAUUGGGUUUAAGAAGAGAGCUCCUCGGGCUAUUAAGGCGAUUAAGAAAUUUGCACAGAAACAAAUGAGGACCACUGACGUUAGGAUUGACACUAAACUUAACAAGGAGGUGUGGUCAAAGGGAGUCAGGAACGUUCCAUUCAGAAUCAGAGUG